AUUACAAUCAGGCAGGGAUUAGAGAAGCGGAGAGGCUGAAAACAAAAGUGUCUACGAACCUGCCCUCCACCUUGUUUCUUUAAUCCAUCCCGGGCCAGUCAUUUUUCAUUUCCUUUAUCCUUCCAAGACUCCUCUCAAAAUCAUACGGAUGGCCCUCAAUCCGCCUUCGAAGCGCACGGCGGCGGCGGCGGCGGCGGCGGGGAGCAGAAACAACAACAGCACCAUCACUAGCAGCCGCAAUGGCAACAACAACACCACCAACAACAACAGCAAAAGCAACAAUGGCUUCUCGGCGGCUGCCGCCCGCAAGCGCGCCAAAACCUUCGACGCCCGGACCCUGGCCGUGCAGACCUCGGACGCGGCCCUGUCCGUCACCGGCGAGCUGGACGUCGCGGCGUACGUCGAGGCCCGGGAGUUCGAGAUCCGGUCGCUGGAGGCCGGGAUGCAGCGGUCGCGGGCGGCGUUGACGAGUCGGGCGUUCCAGAAGGUGCCGCGGGCGUUGCGGCGGCGGACGGCGAGUCAUAAUGUCAAGCGCGUGCCGAGGCGGUUGAGGGCGAGGGCGAGGAGAGAGAUGCUAGAAGACAACACCCCGACCGUCAACUCGCGCACCCGCAAACCCACCGAACAGAUGCGCAUCCGCCUCGAGACGGCGCGCCGCUUGCAGGGGUUGAACCAGCGGACGAAGGCGAAACGGGUGCAGCGGCGGGCGCAGCGGGCAGCUGAACUCAAACAACAACUGGAGGCGGCGGCGGCGAACACCGGGGGUGCAGCAGCAACUCAUGCGUUCGAGAUCGCGCCGCGCGUGCCCAAGAUCAAAAAGAACCGGCUCUCGCGCCCCGCGCCGCCGGAGGCCCGGUUCCGGAAACGGCAGCGCUGCAAGACCUGGUUGCCGACCCAUAUGUUCCAUGCGAAGCGGGCGAAGAUGACCACUUCGCUGGAUCCGCUGUGGCGGUUUGCCGUGCCGUUGUCGCCGACGGAGAAGAGUUAUCGGCCUACGCAUCGGGCGAGGGGUACGAGGGGCUGCGUGGCGUGGGAUUUGAGUUAUAUGGCUACCUUGCAGUUGGAGGGGGCGGGGGCGGCGGUGGAGGCUGUUUUGAGGGGCCUGGGGGUUGAUGGUGAUGCGGGGCAGGGUGCUUGGGGGGUUAAAGGGAAGAAGUGGAGGGAGGGGAAGAGAGGGUUACGGGCUUGGGUAUUUGAGGCUGCUGCGCCGCCGGGUGAGGGGGAGAGCAGGAGGCCGAUUGCGGAGGUUAUGUUGGUGUGGUGUGCUGCUGGGGCUGCGGGGGGUGAGGAUCGGGAUGUGGAGAUGUUGGAUGUUGAUGCUGCUGCUGCUGCUGGGAAACAAAAGAAGCAGCUGCAGCAGCAACGCAAGAAGCUUUGGAUCCGUGUUCACCCGUCGGCUUUCCUGCAGCUGUGGAAUGAGGUGCUGGUAAUCUCGAAACAGCAGAACCCGCCCGUCAUGGUCGAGGAUCUCCGUUUCGAGAUUGGUAGUAUUGAAAUCACUGGCCCCGGGUCAAUGGAGGCGUUGAUCGCUUCCCUGAAGCCGGUCGUCGCGGAUGGAAAACCUUUCACACAGAAUAGCCCGGAGGCUACUUGGAGCUCCUUGUUGGGGGUGUCCAACGCCGCUUCGUUACCGAGAGAGGCGCUGCUCGCCUUCUCUGUCUCCGAUCCCCGAUUGAGCCACCCUCCAAAGACCUUGAAACCCCCAACAUCCGAGAGUGACAUGCAGGAUUUGGCGGUUCUGCUCUCUGACUGGCACCCGGAUCGUACCCAGACUGCACCGGCUCUUUUUGAUCGCCGUGCGCGUCUGGCCGCUGCGCGUCAGAUGCCGAGCCAGAAGGCCAUCAAUCGGCGACGCUCAGCAGCUGGGCCGGGAGAAAUCCCCCCAGCAAAGGAGACAGAUCCGCAGAUCCCUGUCAUCGUCCUUGCGUGCCGAUCGCCUGCGCAAUCGAAGGACAACAACGCCCCGGGUAGCUGGACGAUCCUGCUCCCUUGGAAAUGCGUUCUCCCUGUCUGGUACAGCCUGAUGUACUACCCUCUGUCAAGCGGAGGCAUCCCCCGAUUCGGAGGUCUCAAAGAGCAGCAACAGCUGGCAUUCGAAUCCGGUGAACCCUGGUUCCCUGGCGACUACCCCGGAACCCGUGCCGGGUGGGAAUGGGGUCUGCGCGAGCGAGAGGAGGCGAGAAAGGCAUGGGAGCGACGGCCCAAGGGGCGUCGGGUCGAAUUCGACUCUCUGGAUCUGCGCAAUGGUCAGAAAGGCGAAAUCGGCCGAGGUUGGGCAUGCGAUUGGGAAAGACUCGUUCAUGGUCCAGCCAAGGCCGCCGAGGAUGCGCAGAAGACGGACAAAGAGGCAGAUAUCACUAGGAGGGAUGCUGCUGCUGCUGCUGCUGAUGCUACUACAAGCCUUCCACCGCUGAACAUCCACCAACUUUCGUCAUCACAAGCAUCCCGCGCACUCAGUGAUCGAUCAGUCAGUGUUGAUAACGCCACCCUUGCCACAGUUCGCAUCUCCCUCGUCAGCCGUGGCACCCCGACUCCUCGAGCCCGCAUCUACCGUCUCCCCACCAAUGACCCAGACCUCAGACAGCGCUGGGUCUCCCUCGCUUCGAAGGAGACCGACCAAAGUAAACAAUCCCGCGCCAACACCACCGCCACCGACAAGCCUCCAAGUAAAGAAGACGCCCAACAGCGUCUCGCUGCAUCACUCAUAGCCCCCUGCGCCGACACAGUCGAUGACCGCCAGACACACCUCCCGCUUCCCUCCGAGGAUGAUCUGAUUGGCUUCGUCACGACGGGCAACUACAACCUGGCAGAGGGCAAGGGAACGGGCAUCGGGUCGAUUCAGAUCAUCAAGGUCCGGAAGGCUACUACUAGCAAAGACAAAGCGAAGGCGAAGAAGAACCUGUGCAUUGUUCGGUCUGCGGGUGAAUUGGUUGGGCGACUGGGGUAUUGGGAGCUUGUUUAGCUGUGGAUGGGAUCUGAGUUGGAGGUAAUGCCUUUCAUGGUUGUAUGUUGUAUGUAGAUGGGUUUCGGUCUUUCAUGAUACCCCCGCAGUUUUGUAGAGUGAAUUUAUGGAUGCCAAUUAGGUGUGGUUUGAGGUGGGUGUUGAAUAUCAAUGAUCUC